AUGGCCGACAUCAACGAAAAGACGUCCGACGGGGCCUUCAAUCCGCACCGCGACUCGGACGCCACUGCCACCAACAUCGAAAACGUGCAGCACUCGUCCCCCAAUGCCGACCCCGAGAAGCAAGGCUACCGCCACGCCUCUCAGACCAGCACCACCGGAGCCCCACGCAAGAAAUCAUUCGUCGACGUCGACGAAUCCAAGCUCUCGGCCGCUUUCGAGAACCCGCUCUCCGGCAUCCCUCGAGACCAACUCCUCGCCGACGUCGACACCUUCUGCAAGGACCACAACCUCGUCGAGUUCACCGCCGACUUCCGCAAGGGUGCCUUGGUGGCGCAGCGGCCGCACGAGGUCGAGCGGAUCGCGGAGCUGAGCGAUGAGGACCGUGAGGCGUUGCGGCGCGAGCACACGCAUCGCUGGAGCCAGCCGUUCAUGCUGUGGUGGCUGGUCGUCAUGUGCAGCAUGGCAGCUGCGGUGCAGGGCAUGGAUGAGACGGUCAAUAAUGGCGCGCAGGCGCUGUAUCUGGAGGACUUGGGUAUUACGCAGAAGCGAUUCAGUAAGGGUAUGGUCGACAAUCUGACGGGCCUUGUCGUGGGAGCUCCGUACCUGUGCUGCGCGAUUCUGGGUUGCUGGUUGACGGAGCCGAUGAACAAGAUUUUUGCCCGACGCGGCACCAUCUUCAUCAGCUGCUUCAUUGCCGCAGUUGCUUCCAUCUGGGAGGGUGUGGCCAACAGCUGGGUCAACUUGUUCCUGGCGCGUUUCGUGCUCGGCCUUGGGAUCGGCCCCAAGUCCUCUACCGUUCCAGUCUAUUCCGCAGAGUGUGCGCCUGCACCCAUCCGUGGCGCCCUCGUGAUGCAGUGGCAGAUGUGGACGGCUUUUGGUAUCAUGCUGGGGAACAUCAUGGGCGUGGCGUUCGGUCCCAGUACAGGUAUCAGCCCAGACCUGGGUUGGCGCUUGAUGCUCGGUAGCACCGUCGUCUUGCCGCUGAUCGUUUGCGCCCAGGUGUACUUCUGUCCGGAAAGUCCAAGAUGGUAUAUCCAGCACAACAAGACCGACAAGGCGUUCCGCUCCUUCCAGAAGCUGCGCUUCACCAACUUGCAAGCAGCCCGUGACACCUACUACACCUGGGUGGGUGUCGAAUUGGAGCGCAAGGCCAACAAGGGCAAGAAUCUCUUCACGCAGUUCGUCGAACUGUUCACCGUGCCACGCAACAGGCGCGCCACACUCGCUUCCUGGAUCGUCAUGUUCGGUCAGCAGUUCUGCGGUGUCAACGUGAUUGCUUACUACAGCACCACUAUCUUCAUCGAAUCCGGCUACUCAACCAAUUCCGCCCUUUUGGCCAGCAUGGGCACUGGCAUCCUGAACUGGGUUUUCGCCAUCCCCGCCCUCUUCACCAUUGACAGAUGGGGCCGCCGGAACCUACUGCUCUUCACUUUUCCUUUCCUCUCCGUCUUUCUGCUCUGGACCGGCUUCUCCUUCUGGUUCACCGCCAACAAGGCCAAAGUCGGCAUGGUCACGACCGGCAUGUACCUCUUCGAAGUCUUCUACUCUCCUGGCGAAGGUCCCGUGCCCUUCACCUAUUCGGCCGAAGCGUUCCCCGUGCACGUACGUGAUGUGGGGAUGAGCUGGGCCACCGCGACGACCUGGUGCUUCAACUUUAUUCUCAGUUUCACCUGGCCGCAUUUGCUGAGCGCCUUUAAGCCGCAGGGUGCGUUUGGCUGGUACGGUGCAUGGUGUCUGAUCUUGUGGGUGUGGAUCCUGUUGGCGGUGCCGGAGACCAAGGCUCUUACGCUCGAGGAGUUGGAUCAGGUUUUCAACGUGUCGACCAGGAGGCACGCCAGCUAUCAGUUGAAAAACGCGUGGUGGCACUUCAAGGUGUGGGUCUUGAGGCAGAAACUGGAGCCAUUGCCGCCAUUCUACCGCCACGCGGACAAGCUCAACGAGGCUUGA